AUGUUGAAGAAGAUGUCCCACUGGUUCGCGCACUACACUCAGCUUACUCCCAAAGUUCCCACAAAGGACAACAAGCCCAAGCAGGACAAGUCCGAUCUACGUGUGGGCUUCGAUUACAUCAGAGCUCAGGGGCCAAAGACUAAUGUCAAUAACCAACAGACUGAGUGGGCCGAAAUAGAGACGCAUCGCUCUGACAGUCCCUUGUACGGCUGGUCCGCUGGUCUGGUAAAGGAAUGCCUUCGCAGUCUCAGCACAGGCAAUGUGUACGCGAAGCCGGACCACAAGUUCCCGCUGACUCUCCACGACAUAGCUGGCUGGUUCUUGGACGAGGCCAUUGCCAUGUGUUUCUCGGAGUAUCUCAUUCUGAAGGAUGGCGUGGAAUCCGAGUAUUCUCCGGGGUUCCGCAUCUGCUCUUCCCUGGACCAACUUCGCGGUGAGUCUGGCCUUAAAUACAGGCCGGAUAUACUAGAUGACGGUGAUUCGUCUUCCAUCCCGGUGACGAAACUAAAAAGCUUCCUGGACUCGAGCCUCGUCGAGACUCAUACCGUCGAGCGGUGGACUGCAGCCCGCUUUGUCAAGGGCCAGCUGCGUAUAUUGUGCGACAAUAAGGUCGAUGAGGAUGCGGAGAAAGACACGCCCGAGCAUGCCAUGAGUGUGAAGUUCCAGACGUUUAUGGAGAUGACGGCGCCGGCUUUUCCGGAAAAAGCUAGCUCGCAAGACAAAAUGGCUUGUUACAAGCGGGCGCAUUGGAUCGUCAACAUGCCUGGGGCUAUUUAUCUUCGGCCUGCAGGGACUUCGAAGGACGACGUUCGCCGCAUUCCCUACAUAGGCGGCGUGACAGACUUCAUCAGCCCGGAAGGCCACGAGAUCUUGGGUCGCUUGUACGACGGCAUCACAGAGCCUCCUGAGAACUGGGCCACAAA